AUGUGGCGGUGGGUUGGGCUGCUGUCACCGAUUGGAUCGUCCGAGACCAUUUGGUUUACGGGGCUUUUUACCAUGUGCCUCUGGUGCCAUAUCGUAGUGCUUACUAGCAACCCGGGGACGGUUCCUUUCAAACUGAAAGGACUUCCGCCUUCUGUAGCAGAGGAUGAGGAUGAUGAUGCUGAUGAUGACGUGGAGGAGAUUGAGGAGGAGAUGCAAUUGAAUGAAUACGAAGAGUGCGAGGACGAUGGCUCGCUACUGCUUUAUUGUGACGAGUGUGGCAUUUAUCGACCAACUAGGGCCACGCAUUGUCACACUUGCAGGCGAUGCAUUGUACUGCAGGAUCAUCACUGUCCUUGGGUCAACAAUUGCGUGGGCAUAGGAAACCAGAAGGCUUUUCUGUUGCUAUUGCUAGAGAUCAAUUUCCGGGAAAAUUAG